AUGUCGGCCAUCCUGCGUCUGGCUAAGACUUACCCGUUCCGCUUUGGUCUGGGCUACAGCCUGAUGAAGACGUCGGGCUGUGAUCUGAUGGUGCAGAAGGUUGUCGAAAAGCGCGAGAUCAUCGACUGGAAGCGAAACAUAGCCUUUGGCGCGUUUGGGUUCUUCUACCUCGGCGGAGUGCAGUAUAUGAUAUACGUGCCGCUCUUUAGCCGCAUCUUUCCCAAUGCGGCGGCAUUCGCGGGCAAGUCGGUCGCGGACAAGCUCAGAGACCCUCGCGGCAUCCGAGACCUCUUCGCACAGGUGUUUCUCGACCAGGGAGUGCACCAUCCUCUGAUGUACUUCCCCGUCUUCUACAUGAUCAAGGACUUUGUCACGUCGGACUCGCCCAACCCGGUGUGUGCCGUCAACCAGUACAUCGGCAACAUGAACGAGGACCUCGUCGCGCUGUGGAAGGUGUGGAUCCCAUCGACGCUGCUCAACUUCGCCUUCAUGCCAAUGUGGGCGCGCAUCCCGUGGGUCGCGUCGACCUCGCUCAUCUGGACGUGCAUCCUCUCGGCCAUGCGCGGCUCGAGCGAGGUCCCGGCCGAGGAGGGCGUCUUCGGUCACGUCGACGCGCAGACGCUCGGCUUGAUGACCACGAGCGCCAUCGCGCCCGCGCCUCGCCUCUCGCCCGACAAGUCGCACCUGCUCGUCACCGCCAUGGGGCCUGAUCGGCCGGGGGUCAUCGCAGCGAUCGCGCGCGAGCUGUACGGCCUGGACGCGUCGAUCUCACACUCGAAGAUGAUGUGCCUCGGCGCCGAGUUUUGCAUCGUGAUGCACGUCGAGUGCUCCGAGGCACAGCUGAAAGCCGUUCGUGCGGCGCUGGGCGGCGCCUCCCUCGCCGGAAAGGGUGUCGAGGUGCUCCUUCGCGACCUCCAACCGCAUUCGGACUCGAGCAAAGUGGUCCCGGCAGUGACGGGGCGUGUCUCGCUCACCGGCAUCGAUCGGCCUGGCCUGCUCUACCGCCUCUCCGACACACUCUCCGCCGCGGGCCUCAACAUCGACCACCUGCAGACCGAGCAGCUGCGCACCAAGCGCGGCGCGCCACCCCUCUUCAACACUCAGUGCCACUUCUGUGGGGAUAAGCGGCCCGACGUGCCGUCACUUCGUGCUGGGCUGCAGAAGCUCGAGGCGGAGCUCGGCGUCAAGUGCACCUUGGAGGUGGCCGAGGGCCCGAGGCGGCACCUCACGUCUACCAUCUCGCAUUGA